CCAUGCCGGAGCAGCAGCAGCGUUUGACAGCUAUCCUUAUGGGCUCUCUGUGUAUUUGAGUUCGACGUUGCAGACUUCGCGUGUACACAUAUAGAUAUAGGUAGAUGUACAACGCGACACGAAUAGGCAGCAGUGACUGAAAGAGAAGACGUGUCUCGCGGCCGAAACAGUUUCGCCUGGUAUAUAUCGUGGCUCGCGUAUAUAAAUGACUCCGCUCUGAGGCCGACACGACGUAUCGUACGUACACAGAGCAAAAAGAGGCGUCGCAGUUUUUAAUUAUUUUCAGAACCUAAUCUAGCAAAUUAACUCAAACCAAAAUGAAAACAGUAUUUUUACUAGUAGCACUAAUAGUGUCAAUUGCCCAUACGGCAUCGUCUCUCAAAGAAGGAGAGUGCGAAGUGUGUAUAGCAACAGUUAACAAGUUUGCAAACACGCUUUCUGAAGAUGUAAAGAAAAACCCUAAAAGUAUUGAGACAGAAUUCAAGAAAUUCUGCAAAGGUACAAAAUCAAAAGAAAAUAGAUUUUGUUAUUACUUGGGAGGAUUAGAAGAAUCAGCCACAGGUAUUUUAGGUGAAUUAAGUAAACCACUUUCUUGGUCGUUGCCCGCAGAUAAAAUCUGUGAGAAACUGAAGAAAAAGGAUGCUCAAAUAUGCGAACUACGCUUUGAAAAACAAAUUGAUUUAAACACAGUAAAUCUAAAAAAAUUGAAAGUUCGUGAUCUCAAGAAAAUUCUCAACGAUUGGGAUGAAACAUGUGAAGGAUGCAUAGAAAAAACUGAUUUCAUCAAAAGAAUAGAAGAACUUAAGCCUAAAUACUCAAAAAGUUCUAAAUCAGAGUUAUGAAUAUAGUUUUAAUAAUCUUACUUGAAGCAUUUAUUCAUUUUAAAUUCAUUUUGAAAAUCAUGUUACAAUUUCACAAACAACUAAAAUAUUUUUUUAUUGUAAAACAUGAUUUUAUCCUUUAUUUUUAUUUAAAACAUUCUAAAGUUUUAAAAGGCAUAAUCAGCAGCUAAAGAGUUGCAAUGAAAUUCCUUGAUUACUCUUUUGAUUUUAUUUUGUAAAUAGAUCUGAAAUCUUCCACGAUCAUGUUACAAAAUAAUAUCUAGUUCUGAAAUUAGUUCAAAUUAUUGUACACUAUUACAGUUUGUUCAAUUUUUGCUUGUCUUUACAGACCAUCAAGUCUGUGAUAUUACUGUUAUUUAUUUUAGAAUUUUUUAGUGAAUAAUAGUAAUUGAUUGAGUGCAGGCUCAAUGAACAUUCAUUAUAGAAAGAUAAAAUUGAAAAUCAUGACUGCUAAAAAUCAAUCAUAUGAUUUUGGAACACUAAAUGAAAUGAUUUAAACAAUGAUGGAAUUAUUUCAGGUGCUUUUAUUUUCAAUAAUUUUACUUAAAUGAAACCUGAAAAUUGUAAAUUAUUUUAUACUGAUCAAUUGUACAUGCUAUAUUUGCAUACUGAAAAUAAAUUUUUUAAUUAUU